GCCAGAUUUUAAACGUUAACUAAACUGUCUUUGUGUUUUGUUUCAGAAUCUUUUGCAAGUAUAACAUAUUGAAAAGUCCUAGCUUUCAGUGUCUGGAUCCUGAAUUGUGUGCCAAAGAGAGACUCCAUGAAAGAUGACAGAAGAAGUUAUUGUUAUAGCAAAGUGGGAUUACACUGCACAACAGGACCAAGAACUCGACAUAAAGAAGAAUGAACGCCUCUGGCUGCUAGAUGAUUCCAAAACGUGGUGGAGGGUAAGAAAUGCAGCCAACAAAACAGGAUACGUACCAUCAAAUUAUGUCGAAAGAAAGAACAGUCUGAAGAAGGGCUCAUUGGUUAAAAAUCUGAAAGACACAUUGGGUUUGGGUAAAACAAAAAGGAAGACGAGUGCUCGAGAUGCUUCUCCAACUCCUAGCACUGAUGCAGAGUACCCAUCUAAUGGUAGCAGUGCUGAUCGGAUUUAUGAUCUGAACAUCCCAGCCUAUGUUAAAUUUGCCUACAUGGCAGAGAGGGAGGAUGAAUUGUCCCUUGUGAAAGGAUCUCGAGUCAUUGUUAUGGAAAAAUGCAGUGAUGGCUGGUGGAGAGGGAGCUACAAUGGGCAGAUUGGCUGGUUUCCUUCAAACUAUGUAGUAGAAGAAGUUGAAGAAGCAACUGCUGAUUCACCAAGUUUUCUGAGUUUAAGGAAAGGAGCAUCCAUGAGUAAUGGCCAGACCAUGAAAGUGCUUCACGUUGUUCAGACACUGUAUCCAUUUAGUUCCGUCACAGAAGAAGAGCUCAACUUUGAGAAAGGUGAAACCAUGGAAGUCAUAGAGAAACCUGAAAAUGACCCAGAAUGGUGGAAAUGUAAAAAUUCUCGAGGGCAAAUUGGUCUUGUUCCCAAAAACUAUGUAGUAAUAGUAAGUGAUGGUCCUACCAUUAAUGCUUCCCAUCCACCUCAGAUAAGCUACACGGGGCCCUCUACUACAGGACGGUUUGCUGGAAGAGAGUGGUAUUAUGGGAAUGUUACUCGGCAUCAGGCUGAAUGUGCUCUGAACGAAAGAGGAGUGGAAGGGGACUUCCUUGUCAGAGACAGUGAAUCUUCGCCCAGUGACUUUUCAGUAUCUCUAAAGGCAUCAGGGAAGAACAAACAUUUCAAAGUGCAGUUGGUGGACAAUGUCUAUUGCAUUGGGCAGCGUCGCUUUAAUACUAUGGAUGAGUUGGUGGAACACUACAAAAAAGCUCCCAUCUUCACCAGUGAACAUGGGGAAAAGUUAUACCUUGUCAAAGCACUUCAGUGACAUUGAAGAUGGACUAGGCCUGCCGGGCCUCUUCUAACUUACAAGCCUUAGGUCCUACAUUCACUUUUAUAGAGCAGAGCAAUCGACACCAGUCUGGAACAGUCUUCAAAGAAUGACCUCUUUCUAAAGUAUUUUGCUUGGUUGGUUAUAUUCUCUAUUCCAUUCCUCCACCCCACCCCCCUUUUUUCCCGUUUUGUCUUUUAAAACUUCAGUUGUUUCAUGUUCCCUCAGGUUGAAAAUUUCACUUAAAUGGCCCAUUGCAAGCACUCAUUUUCCUCCCUGGUUUCUAAACUCUCCUCCUCCGUAUACGUUUACAUAGUUAGCUCACAUAAAUGAGGGGUGUUCUCAAUUCAAAGCAGUGUUAAAUUGUUCGGAUAGCUCACGCUGGCAGAACGCUAGCAGAACUCAUCAUUAAGAGACUUUGGGCACAGUUUGAAUGCACUGAACCUGCAGCUAAUUAAGUGAAAUAUAGUAGACAUUAACAGUUGUGGCUGUGAGUUCUGUAGCUAUUUUGCUUACCAAGUAGUAUAUUCCAGAAAUUCCUAGUUUCUAGAAGCACUCUUUACACUCUUUUCUCAACUAUUACAUUGCCUCCUUGACUCUUUGUGAAGAGUACACUAAUUAAAGCAUUUUGUAAUAGUACUUCUUAAACUACUACGGUAAGAUUGUAGUAAAAGAAAACUAUCUAGCGUAUUUUGACAUGUAAAUGCAACAGAUGUUUCAUUGAAAGUUGAUUACUUAGAGAAUCAUUGAAUUGUAAUGGUUGAAUGUUUUGGUAAUCUCCAACCAAAUGUGCCAUCCACAUAAUGCUUUUCUCUUCUUGCCCUUCUGCUUGUUUGAAUUAAACAAUUAUGUAUUUAAUUCUUAAAGUAAUAUGUAUCUGUAGCUGAUUGACACUAAUAAACAUAACUAAUUAUAGGUAGGUGGGGCUUCCAACACAUACAUGCAUUUGUAUAAUAUAUAUAUACAUAUAUAUAUAUAUAUAUUUGCAAUUCCAGGGGGAAAAAAUUCAGGGUACAAAAAUGUGGAAUGAUUGGUAAUAAGACACACAGAAUGUUAUAUGAAGAAAAUGCAUUUUCUCUUUCUUUACUUUUAAUCUUUAUGGUUUUUAAAUAUAGUCUUGAUGGCACAUUCCUGAAAAUCGAGAGAAGGACCUUUGAUCCCAGAAUCUUGCAUACCCAGUUUUUUGGAUAUUGUAAUAAAAAAAAAGGUAUCAUGUGAAGAUGGAGUAUUGAAUUUAUGUUUGGAUAAACAUGAUGAAUUCCCCCAUGUGUGGAGGACAGAACUUGAAUGAUUGAUCAGUCUGUUGAAAAGCGCAAUAUGUUCUGUGGUGUUCCUAAUUUUGUUUACUGUAAUUUGCAAUAUCAUAAGUUAUUCGUAGAAUCUACGACAUACCCUGUGACUAGAAGCUUUGUUUCAAAAUGCACAUCACUGAGAUCUAACGCUGCACUAAGUUUGCGGUUUCAGCAACCUCCCUGCUUGCAUUGCUGUCUACUCUAAAGACCCUAUCACCAUAGUAGACUUGGCAGUUCUUUAACUCAUCUCAGCACAUGCUAUUGGAAGCAGCCUCUAUACUACUCAAGCAAUAUUUUGAGAGCAAGAUACUUAUUCCUCCUGUAUUUACUUUGCUGUGAGUCCAUUCACUGGAGCAGCAAUCAUUUGCCGCCUGGUGUAGAGUACCUUAUUUAAAGCUAUUUAGGUGAUGCUUGUUUGUUUUGAAGCACAUUCCUUGGCUUAGAAUUGCUCUGUAGCAGAUGGGUUGUGGCUUACAGCCUCAUUUUGUGGUGCUUAAAUCUAACUAUGUGGACACAGUUUACUUUAUGUGCCAUAUCUCUAAAUGUGUUCAAUCACCAACUGCCAGGAACAAAGAAAUCUUAAAGGCAAAUCAGGAAGUUGUCCCUUUAUUAUGGCAUCCUGCCUGUCAAAAGCUGGCAGACACUCAAGACUUAGUAGGCAAGAGAUAAUUUUUUUGUCCACAGGGCAAGUUUUAUCUCAGCUUCCAGCAUUUAACCAGUAGCUUACAUCCUAUAUGCAUAAAAGCUUUAAUUAAAAUGAGUUUGGUCAUAUGAUUGUGGAUGAUUUCAUCCAUGAAUGUCUAGUAUAUUUUUAAUCAUGUUAAGCUCAUGGCCUUAGUAUGGUGACAGAUACUCAGGAGAAAUCAUUCAUUUUU